AUGGAGUCCAAAAGAAGUAACGCAAGGCACCAAACUCAAAAUUUUUCCGAGGUAACAGAAAACUAUCAUCACAACAAAGUCAAAACUAAAAUUGAUUUUCUAUCAGCAAAACAUAAAUAUAUAUCCAGCUUAGAAACAACUACUGAUAAGAUAAAUACUUAUAAAAGUUUAUGUUCCCUCUUGCAUGAACCAGAUAAGUCAGGUUUUGAUAGUUCUUUAGCGGACUUUGAAAGUGCAGCAAAGUAUUACGAAAUGGGAGGGAAAGAGUUAAAAGCAGCAAAAGAAUUCAAAGAUGCUAUAGAUUUUUUUGAUAAGGCAAUAGAAUUGGGCAAAGAACAAGACUAUGAAAAUAAUCACCUGUCUGAACUUUAUCGUCAAAAAGCUCUUUCUCAAAAAUACGCAGGUGAAUGUGAAGAAGCAUUGAGCUCGAUAGAAGAAGCUAUAAAAUGUGGAGGAGAUAAUGCAAAAUUAAAUUCCGCUAAAAAGGAAAUAUUAGGCGAGAACAAGCGAACACCAAAGCCUUUAGAUAAUGCAAAUAAAUUUGGUAAAAUUUUUACCAAAGUAAAACAAAACAAUAGUUGUCCUGAUCAUUCAGAAAAUGUGGUUGGGAAGAAUUCAGAGGGUCAAAUAGGUGAACUACACCCACUAGAAACAAAAAAUAAUAAAAAAGAUAAUAAAACAAAUCCAACAAAUAUUGAAACAGAAUCUCCAUGUCUUGGCGCAGUCAACGGCCAUAAAUAUAAACUUCCCGGACUCCCCAUUAAUAAUUCUAAAGGUGAAUCCGAAUUAAAUAGCGAAAAGGAAAAACAGGCUACUAUGGACAAUUCUCUUUCAAUGUCAGAGAUCGAAGGAAAUAUAGAACUAUAUGGGUAUUACGACGGUUUUAUGCAUACCUUUACCAGAGCCUAUAAUUUUGCUCAAACAGUUUUACAUGACGGUGUAAAACUAAAUAAAAGCGAAAUUUUUAUUUUUGCAGAAGUUGGACUCUGUCUAAUUUCGUUUAUUCCCACUGUCGGUAAAAUUUUAUCACAAAUAGCUAACAUUGGUUUGAACGUCAUUAAUAAAAAUAGAAUAAUAAAAGCUUCUGAAUACAUGUGUCGACUUGCUCCAUCACUUGGUGAACUUGAAUCAAUGGUUAAAGGUGUGAUAAUUGAAGUAAUAAAAAACAGAAGAGAAACUAUAUUAAAUUAUAAGGAAGAUACCCACAAUAUUAGUCGGACAAGUUUUCUAAACCAUCAUUCAAGCAAAUAUUAUCACAAAAGAUAUUCAACUGCUACACAAAAACUGGGCAAUAGCGAAGCUAGUGAAUUGCUCUCAAAAUGGAUUUUUAAUGGAAACUUUUAUGAGGGUAAAAAGUUGACACUUCCAAAAGAGAAAAAAGAGAGGCUGAUCGAGUUGGCGAUCAGUCUCACACCAAUUAUUACCAGUAAUGAUGAUAAAUUGGUUAGGUCCAAAUUACCUCAGAAAGACUUGGAGAGGUUAAGAAGGCUAGCAAUUGAAGGUAAAUGGAAAAGAAUGUUGUUUCGAAGAGGAGUUAAAGAUUUUCUAAGCGACAGCGAGAUAAAAAAAAUGUUGGGAGAAAAUACCACAGAUGAAGAGGUUGAGAAUGCAAGGAUAAUAUUAUUUGAAGAAAUUAAUAGGAGCAUUUCAGGUAGUCGUUAUAAAAACCUUAAAUGUUUUAUAAAAUUUUCAGAAUCCUAUCCGGACUUAGUAUUAAAAAUAGCAAGGAAUUCUCCUCAACGUUUUGUCUCCGAUUAUAUAGCUAGAGUUUAUAUAGUUACCAAGACAGAAAAUCAAAAGUCUAUUUCAAAACUUUGA